AAACACAUUAAACAUGUCCGACUCAUCAGUCCGACUCACACUUUGACCCUUUGGUCAAUAAUCCCCCACGCUCAGAGAGAGACAGACCGAGCCCGAGGGCCACACUGAAGACAGAGGCUGCUGGAUUUGGUUCUGAGGUUCUGCUCGGAGGUCUGGAUCAUGGUGGAGCCAACAUCUAAACCAGCUGCUGUUCUACUGCUGUUUCUACUGCACAGCUGCCUGGCAGACCACGUUUUCCUCAACAGCCAGCUGGCCUCGCAGGUGCUGGUCAGGAACCGUCGGGCCAAUCAGCUGUUCGAGGAGAUGAAACCAGGGAACCUGGAGAGAGAGUGUAUCGAGGAAAUCUGUGACCACGAAGAAGCCAGAGAGGUGUUUGAACAGACGGAUAAAACGGAACACUUCUGGGCCAAAUACCUGGACUGUAAAGGACAGACGCCAAGAACAAAAGACAAAAUCAACAUUAUCAGACAAUGCAUAGAAGGUCAGUGUAUUUCUGGUAAGGGAGUGAACUAUGAAGGAAGUAUCAACAUCACUAAAUCAGGGCGACAGUGUCAGCACUGGAGGCACAGCUUCCCACAUCCCAUCAUCAGGGAGUAUAAUGCUUCAGAGCCGAACAGCGUCCUGCACGAGAACUUCUGUCGGAACCCCGACCAGCGUGCGGAGGGACCCUGGUGUUUCACCAAAGACCCGACAGUCCAGAAGGAGACCUGCAGGGUCCCGAAAUGUGGUGAGGCCUUCAUCCCGCCCACUCUGGCGCCCGAACCGGUCAGAACUGGCGACUGUUUGCCCAGUUACGGCAUAGACUACAUCGGCGACCUGGCCGUUACCCUGGGAGGCCACACCUGUCUGCAGUGGUCUUCGGCGGAGGCGAAGGCCCUCAGCGUGGACAAGGAGUUCAUCCCCGAGGUCAGUCUGCAGGGCAACAAAUGCCGUAACCCCGACAACGACCCCGAGGGCCCCUGGUGCUACGUGGCGGUUCAUGGAAACGUGACGGUCGACUACUGCGACCUUGAGCUGUGUGAGGACCCGCUGGUUGGUGACGUGCUGACCACGGAGACAGAAGGCAGGGAGCGCUCCGUCCUGACCGACCAGGAAAAGCUUUUCAGUCCCCGAACCUUCGGACAAGGAGAGAGCGAGUGUGGAGAGCGCCCCCUGUUUGAAAAGCAGAACAAGCAGGACUCGAAGGAGGAGGAGCUGUUGGAGUCGUACAGAGAGAAACGCAUCGUCGGGGGCGACGACGCCGAAGUGGCCUCAGCACCAUGGCAGGUGAUGCUGUAUAAACGCAGCCCUCAGGAGCUGCUGUGCGGAGCCAGUCUGAUCAGCGAUCAGUGGAUCGUCACCGCAGCUCACUGCAUCCUCUACCCGCCCUGGAACAAGAACUUCACCACCGAGGACAUACUGGUCCGCCUGGGAAAACACAACAGGGCCAAGUUUGAGCGCGGCACCGAGAAGAUCGUGGCCAUCGACGAGAUCAUCGUCCACCCAAAGUACAACUGGAAGGAAAACCUGAACCGCGACAUCGCUCUGCUGCACAUGAGACGGCCAAUCACAUUCACCAAUGAGAUCCACCCCGUCUGCCUGCCCAGCAAGAAGGUCGCCGUGACUCUGAUGACUCAGGGCUAUAAGGGUCGAGUGACCGGCUGGGGGAACCUGAAGGAGAACUGGAACCCGUCAACAAGAAAUUUACCCACAGUCCUCCAGCAAAUCCAUCUACCAAUCGUGGACCAGGACACCUGCCGCAGCUCCACAUCAGUCAAGAUCACAGACAACAUGUUCUGUGCUGGUUUUAAACCAGAUGACACCCAGCGUGGAGACGCCUGCGAGGGAGACAGCGGUGGGCCGUUUGUGAUGAAGUACCCGGCAGAGAACCGCUGGUAUCAGAUGGGCAUCGUGUCGUGGGGCGAAGGCUGCGACCGGGACGGAAAGUACGGCUUCUACACUCACCUGUACAGGAUGAGCAGGUGGAUGAGGAAGGUUAUCGAAAGGACGGCGGGCGACGACGAAUAGAAACACUUCCUGUUGUCCCUGUAAAGCAAGAUGAGGCUAAUAAAGUUUGUUGACAUCCUA